UCUUAUACUGUACAUAUUAUCAGUAAAAAAUUUAUUUCUGCUGAUAAUACUUUUGUACUAAAAUUUUGAAGGCAGCACAUUUUCUUGUAGGAGAGUAUUUUUACCGUGAUAUUGCCACGUUUACUUAAAAGAAGACAUGAUUAAAGACAUAAAAAUUACUCAUCUUUGAAUGCUAAGUUGUCUGAUAGGCUUUUUGACAAAACAAGUUCUACUUCUUCUCCCUUAGUAAAAAAUGCUCGUACGCACACAUAUUAAACUCAGAUUUUAAGGUGAGCGCAGAGAAGCGCCCCCCCUCCAUGAAAUAAGAUCCUUUGCAGUGAUGUAUAGAUAAGCACUGAUUGCAGAGAGCCACAUAAGCGGUUUACGAAACAGAAAACUAACGAAUCAGAACAAAAGAGAAAAAAUUGAGGAAAAGGGGAAGAAAAAUAUAGUGGUAUUAUUGUUAUUGCAGAGGUACUGUGUUUAAUGAUCUUGUCAGGUGUUCUGUCUUAUUUUGUCCACUGCCUUGUCCAUCAACACUCACAUCUCCAUCCUGCAGUUCUCUGACUCUCCAGAGAUGAGUGAUGUUGCCAGCCCACCUGCUCCUCCCUCAUCACUUUAUUCUCUUGUGAUAAACACUCUAAAGGCCAAUCCAGGUUUUGUUUAUGGCUGACUCUUAAGACCAUUAAUGAUCCCUGACUAAACACACACACACACUGGAGGUCCCCUUGCUUUCAUGUUCCUUUCAUAUGUGCUGACUAGCUUUGUAUCUCCUGUUGACAGGCCUACAUGGCCUGUAAGCACGUACACCACCUCUAUUCAGCUCCCGUCUCCACACCUGCUGGUCCGAGGGGAGCAGUUUGACAGAUCAGAGAGCAAACAGGUUUUCUCAAACUACACGCCUCGAUGUGUAAGGGGCUCUCCUCCCUGCCCUCCUCAUGCCUGGAGAAGGCAAAGGAGAUGCGGGUGAAGUUAAGCCAUCUGGCUGAGACGCACCACAAGCACAAGUUUCAGGAUGGAAAAGCUCUUCAGGACCUGGAAACUCUGCUAAACAACAAAAGUGGUCUGCAGGCGUUUCAUGGGUUCCUGCGUUCAGAGUUCAGUGAGGAGAACCUCAGGUUCUGGCUGGCCUGUGAGGACUACAGGGUUUCUCCUUCAAAGACCAAGGCCAGCAGCAUCUACAGCCAGUUUCUCAACCCUGACGCCCCACAGGAGGUAAACUUGGACGCUGAGACCCGGGAGGCUCUGUUGAGUGUGAUGGACUCUCUGUGUGCCGACACAUUCAACAAGGCACAGCAGAGGAUCUACAGUUUGAUGGCCAAAGACUCCUUCCCCAGGUUCCUGCGCUCCGCUCACUGCAUGGAGGCAAUUAAAGCUUUCUGAACAUGCACUGUUUAUUACCACAGACCUGCUCUAGAUAUAAGUGCUGAUGAAUCUGUACUGCUUGACAUGUUGAUUGUAUUUCACCAGUUAUUUUGUUUUGUGAUUGUUUUCCAUAUGGUAGUGCUGUUCUUGUGCAUUGUAUGUAUAAUGCAUGCUGUUAUUAUGACACUCAGUUGUAGACAUAGUUAGAAAAUCUCACAUAGAAACCUCAAUUAAGAGGUUAAAUGUAGAUGCAACUACAUUGCGCCUCUGGACUGUGUUACAUCCAGAAAGGAUUUAAAUAAAUACCUCAUAAGAGAACUCAGUAUGUGGUAUUUAAUGACAUCAGUAUUUUAUACAUGCAUACUGUAUAUAAACUCUAUUUUUUCCAUAUAGAAGUUUGCCAAACCUGUUCUGGCAGAGGCUGCUUGAGAGCGCAAGUUGACAUUAAAACAGUUCAGUGUUCAGCCUUAUCACUGCUGUCACAGCGCUGCUCUGUUACUAAAUUGGUGGUCUUGAGAAAUGUCUUGCCCACUUCCUUAGAUGAUGGUGUUUACUAAAGACAAACAACCUGGGGAAUGCCUCAACUAAACGGCUUCACCUUGGCUUUUUAGUCCAAUAUAAUAAAGGCUUACUUUACUUUACUUGAGUCAGCAUCAGCUGGGGAUGAAGACUACAAGUUAGAAAAUUAAAACAAAUCUGGGAGUGUGGGGUUAGAAAGCAGUGAGCUCACCAGACCUCUGUGGCCUGCUCCUCAUCUCUGCUUGAGGCUAACAACCCGAGGCUACAAUUGCACACACCCGAAUCUCUGACCGAACUUCUCAGCACUUGAGUUGCAUGUUGGGUAAUUUUGACAAGGACGAAGAAUGUGUGUGGAAUAAAUAAAAUUAUAUCUCUGGUUUUGCUACAUCAA